GAAUGUGCCUGGGCAGAGCGGGAGUAUGAAUUGGCUCAUUGGGCAUUCGAGAAAUGGCGCAAUCAUCAGUUCACUUCAUUGCGAGACCAACUUUGGGAAAACGCUAUCUACGUAAAGGAAGCGAAUGCAUUGAGUGUGGAGCUUGAUAAACAAAUUCGCUUCCAGUUCGCUUUGCUCACCGACACGCCAUACAGUCCCCUCUCCCUCGACCUGACACAAUCACGACUACAGAGUCCGUCCGCAGACAAGAACAUUUACGCGAAUGAUACAAUGGACAAUCGCAAUGCAACCCUUGAGAAUCGGACACCACAGCCAAAGCGACCAGGAAACGCGAUUCCAGUUAGCACUAUGCAUUUAAGUCGCAGAGGAUUGGCACUGUUUCGGUCCAGCGAGGAAUUUGCUCCAUUGAGCGCAUCUGUGGGCGGGGAUGGCCCCAUGCGCAAGCGUACCGUGGUGGCAAUUGAAGUGCAUGAUUUGAACAGUGGAGCACGCCACUACUGGAGUUUGGAACGAUUCCGGUACGCCACGCUUUAA